UUGCCCCCUUAUUGUCGCACCAAAUCAUGGUACUGACAUCGACGAUGAACCACUCCUACAUCGCCAGCAUGGUGCGGAACUAGCUACCGACCUAAACACGCGCACCAACCCAACCCAACCGACCGAAACGAAUUUGUUUUGUUUUUCACCGUUGCCAUGGUGGAAGUUCGUUUUUUUUCUUCGUUCCCUGUCUCCCCUGAUGGACGGAGAGGUUUUCUUCGGCUUUCGUAAACUCCGGCUCAGAGGAUUCCGGUCCGGUGAGCUAGGCGUGUGCUGUACGAUUCGAGAGUACGGAACCAGGACAUUUAGCCGUUGCAAACGCACUCAAAACCCGCGAAUGAGUACGUGAAAAGUCGCUAAAAUAUUCACACUUGAAAAGGAAAAAAGAAGAACACAUUAAAACGACGCUUAACAGCAAACCGAAGUUGUGCAAAUGUUGUGGUCAUUUUACGAUUACGGCCGAAACGCUAGAGGGACUACAUACGCGCGGUAGAGUACACGGGUACUUCUUCUGGUGGAAGAAAAAACGGGUUUGUUUGUACUGCUGUACAACUUCUUGGAGUCGCUGUCGCGAGUCGUGAAAAUCGAACGAAGCAAAUCCGCCGUACCGUAGCGAUCGAUUUUCGCUCAUUGAAUUUGUACGGCCCCCCCGAGAGGACGAGAGCCAAGGUGUAGUUUGUGGUUUUUCACGUCCGAAGUACGAGCGCUGUAAGCAGGAACAUCCGAUUGCUUUCCGAUGGAAGAAUUAGUUGAGCAGACCCUAGCGUGCAGAAGGACCUAGCAAACGCACCCGAUGUGCCAGUAGUGAUCGUAAUUAGUGCGGAGAGUGUUUUUUACGCAUAUACGGUGUGUCUUUGUAGCAAUUGUCUUUUAUCGCUACUAAGCAAAUGCAUUGGAUGGUAAUAUCUAGUCACUAGACAAACAAUAUACUCAAUCUGGAUUAGUAUUUUGCCGUGUACUAUAGUGCAGUGACGUGUGUGCGACAUUGUGUGCUACUCCAAAGACUCGAUACUGGAAAUCAGACGUAAUACGAACACGACCCAUCCACAACCCACAACCAACGGUACCAACGUGGCGGUCCGUAUGGACAAAUGGUUCGGGGAGAAACGGUUGUGGUUGUUUGGUAAUCAUUUACCGCUACUACCACGCAGCAAUCUACCCUUCAGAUGGACAUCCGGCGAGUCAAAAGCGGAAGGAGUUAUCAAAGCCAUACAGGAGAGCAUGUUCGUCCUGUCGACACUUUUUUCCAGAUCACGCGGCAGCAGUAGAAUGGAUCGGUACGAAAAGCUCAGCCGGCUGGGCGAGGGUUCGUACGGGGUGGUGUACAAGUGUCGCGACCGGGAGACGGGUUCGCUCGUUGCGGUCAAGCGCUUCGUCGAGUCCGAGGACGAUCCAGCCAUACGGAAGAUUGCGCUGCGAGAGAUACGCCUGCUGAAGAAUCUGAAGCACCCGAACCUUGUCUGCCUGCUGGAGGUAUUCCGGCGGAAGCGCCGCCUGCAUUUGGUGUUUGAGUUUUGCGAGCACACGGUGCUGCAUGAGCUCGAGCGACAUCCGGAGGGUUGCCCCGAUAACCUUACAAAGCAGAUUACGUACCAAACGAUCCAGGGCGUUGCCUACUGUCACAAGCAGGGUUGUCUUCAUCGGGACAUCAAACCGGAAAAUAUUCUACUUACCGCUCAGGGACAGGUGAAGCUGUGUGAUUUUGGUUUUGCUCGAAUGCUUAGUCCCGGUGAAAAUUAUACAGACUACGUAGCAACGCGAUGGUACCGAGCGCCGGAACUGCUGGUCGGAGACACACAGUACGGUACACCGGUGGACGUGUGGGCUAUCGGGUGUGUGUUUGCGGAGUUGGUACGCGGUGAUGCCCUCUGGCCCGGCCGUAGUGAUGUCGAUCAGCUGUACCUAAUCAGACGCACGCUCGGCGAUCUUCUACCUCGGCAUCUGGCCAUUUUCAAUCAAAAUGAAUUCUUUAAGGGUAUAACGCUUCCCGUGCCACCAACACUGGAAACACUCGAAGCCAAGAUGCCUUCACGUACCUUAGCAAACCCGUUGAUGAUGGAUUUCCUGAAGAAAUGUUUGGACAAAGAUCCAGCCAAACGCUGGUCCUGUGAGCGGUUGGCAACGCAUCAGUACUUCGAGGACUAUAUCACCAAACAGAAGGAGAUCGAACAGACGAUUACGCUCGAACAGAAGCAAAGCGGUAACCGGGAGCUUAAGCCGAAAACAUCAAACACCUCGCUACCACAGCUACCCGGAACGCAAGAGUCACGUGUACCACAGAAGAACCUUUUCCUACGGUCCGAUCAUCACUUGCCAACCAUAUAAUAGGAACGGCUGUGUAGGAACGCAGGCCAGUUGGCCGUUCCGUUCUCGGGCGUGGUCAUUCCGAUUGUGUCGAAGCACAGGGUGUAGCAGACGCCAUUUGUUUGCUCAGCUGCACUUGUGCCUCUGUACACGAUCGUAGAUGAUCCCGCAUGAUGGGAAAGCAGCACUAGCAACAGCAAGAUAUGUUGGUUGUCGGUUAUACAUGUCGUUCCGUUACGCCUCUGUUACAGCCCCAUUUGCUUUAGUUCAACGCGCAACAUCUUGACAGGACUGAACGAUAUUUAAUUGCAAUGAUAUUAAGUAAAAAGUAUCUUCAAUAUAUUAAUGAAACCAUAAACCAUCGAUAGAUUGUAAUGAGUUGUGUUAGAGGGUACGCUUGAUUAAAGGCGUUUUAUUGCCGGUGAAUAUUAUUUCGAACAAUCCUGACCAAAUAAUGAAAGAAAUGGAAUGUAAAAGAUAUCAGAAAAAUCCAUCCCAAAACCUUCCAAAUAAGCAUAUUCGUACGGGUUUUGUUUGAUUUUUAUGUUGCUUUGCCUUUAUUAUUUUAGA